ACUGAAGCGCAGCCCCGUCAGCUCCGGUUGAAUACGUAAGCAAGUGAGAGGUCGAGAAGAGAGAGGAGUCGGUAACCAUUUCGUCGGAAUGGUUUGUGAAAAGUGCGAGACGAAGCUCUCCAAAGUCAUCGUGCCGGACAAGUGGAAAGACGGUGCCCGCAACACUACCGGCGGUGAAAGCGGAGGCCGACGGGUGGGUCAUGAGAACAUGUUGCUGAAACACGGAGCAGCGAAACGCCGCAACAACAGGUUCACGCCGCUGACUCGCGUCUGCCGGAUUUGCAAGACCAAAGUGAAUCAAGACCACCACUAUUGCCAAGAAUGCGCCUUCUCGAAAGGAAUUUGCGGAAUGUGUGGACGGAAGACGGACGACAUCACCAACCAGCGACGCACGGCAAAGUAGGCUCUGCUGCACUGGAGCAAAGAUCACAACCAUGUGCUUUGUGUCGUUGAAGCAACCCUGGGGUUGAUGACGUCUGUGAAUAUCCUUGUGUUCUGUGUUUCCGUGUUGAUAUUUCGGGACAGGGGCGAGGCAAGAUACGCCGCCACCCUUUGUUAAUAGGAAAGCAACAAGCGGUCGGAGUGAAAAUGAAUCCGACUCUCUAUGCUGAAAGAGGGAAGCAUGUGCUGUUUGUUGUCAAUUAUCCAUACGUGCUGAGCAGUUCGCCAUCGUAGACGCUUGAUAGGGGCGACCAACUCGUUUGGCCCCUCAAUGCAUACGCCGUUUUGUCCCCCCCGGCUCGUGGUUGUGGGUACCUUGCGCUUGCCUGGCUUGGACCGAACGAAUCUUUCCCAAAUAAAAGCGAAAGUUGAGGACAACACGUGGACAGAAGUAGGGUCCUCUUGGAAUCAACAAUGAGAAAAUCCCGUGGAAUCAAAAAUAAGAAUAUUCCCUGGAGAGUCUUGAUUCGCAGGCACGCCGAUGCUAAAAGAAGCGUAUGUUUGGGGGGGAGAGCAAGCCUUCACUGCGCCGUACAUAACUGAAGGAUAAGCCACUCUGCUGAAAAACACGUCCAUGAUCGAAGGAGAACCAUCCAGUUUGUGCCUCGGACGAUGUUAUCUCCGAACAAAAACGGUGUUCGAAGCGUACUCGAUGUUGUCUUUCUAUGGCGUUUUUGGCUUUGAUCAGCGUUUUCGGCUUUCUUCCGGAGUAGUGCGAAAGUAGGGUAACAGUUACCGACGGUUGAAAGCCUGCGUUCACAGUUUACAGCACCGCUGCACGUGAUCAGUAGUAGCGCUCCCCUGUUGUGUUUCUCGUCGCGCACACUGAAUGGAGAGAGGGGAGACGGCCUUCCUCCUGCUACAGAAAACCAAGGGAGCUGCUUCUCACUCGUUUGCACAGCUUUGUGUUUCGUCAUAAACGCCAUGGUUACGGUGGCGAUGGUGGAAUCAGGCGCACGAACCAAAAGAAUGCC